CGUUUCUUUCCCUAGACCGUAAUAAUCCCUAAAGAUGGCAAGCAAUCGACAGAAAUUUCUGAUUAAAAAUUCUCUUAUUUCAUUGUUAAAAGCGCUUGAAGGAAAGGUGACAACUGUUGAAUUACGGAAUGAACAUACAGUGACAGGAACGAUUGAUUAUGUUGACGGAUUCAUGUGUGUUUCAAUGUCAAAUGUUUGCUUCAAAACAUUGUCAGGAAAAAUGACCAACUUCGAACAAUUUUACAUACAGGGACCUAAUAUAAGAUUUGUACAGAUUCCAGACGAAGUUGACAUGAAAAAGGCGAUUCAUUGGGAGGUAAACAAAGAAAGGAUAAUGCGACAACGGAUGCAGAAAGCAAUAAGUGAUGCUGUUAUAAAGAAGAGACAGAAAAGAGAAAAAGAAAUAACGAAAAAAGAAGAAAAAGAACAGAAAUUGCUGAAAGUUCAAGAAGCAGUUGAUAAAAAAGAUGCAGCUAACUGAUGUUGGACGAUAUUUUCAAUGAUGUGGAUCACUGGGUGUGGUACUGUACAGAAUACCAAGCACAGCACAACCAGGAGUUAGACAUGUUAGAUCUUAUGUUCUUAUUUUGUCUAUACAAUCAUGACAGUGUCAUGUUCAAAGAAGUAAGAACAGCAGAAGUAAUGAGAUGCUGAUAUUUUGAAACUGUAUUUAACAAUCCACUGGAAAAGUUCAAAGAAGUAUGCAUACAGCAGCAUAAAUUAACUUGUGAAUAUUCAUGCUACUUUGAUUAUACAUAUAUAUACAAAUAUACAUGUAUGCAUGUACAUUUUGUACAUGUAGGUGUAUUGGCAAUUAUACAAUCAUGACAACCACAGAGGUAUAUUAUGUCCAUGUGGCUAUGUACUAAAAAACAGUUCAUUGUAGUAUUUUGAAUUAUUAUACAUGUUAUAAGC